AUGCUCAGGAGAUUGAGUGUGAUGUUCAUCGUGAAUAUCUGCACACUAUGCUCACUAAUUUUGGCUACACAGAUUUCUGUGGUGGCUCUUAAGAGAACUUUAGAUUAUAAAACCAUUAAAUUCUUGACGGCAGAGACCAAAGUAAAUAAAUCCUAUGCCCUGGCUUAUCGUCUCGAUAUUCGCAAGGAUAAACAUAUUGCGGAUAUUUUUGUACAAGUCACUCGAAAAUUACCAAACAAUUUAGGCUUGCUGGUAACACUGAAAUUGAAAACCAAUGCAAUGGUGCAGCACCCAGAUCGCUCACCGAUCAUGUUUCAAGUCGAAUUUAAAGUUUGUGAUUUUCUGACAAAGAAAAACGCCCGAUUUUCGGGGUUCCUGUUGCCGUUUCUUAGGAAAUCCAUUGUCAACAGUCAAUUUCCCAAGGGAUGUCCAAUAGAGGCGGCCAACUACACUUGGAUUGGCUUAAAUUUAAAAGAUCUGAAAAUACCAACAUUUUUACCAAACAGCCAAUACGAUGUUACCGUGCUAACUUAUAUACCGAGGGAUUCGGCACGGGAACUAGUCUUAAAUUUGCAUUUAUUAACGGAAAUAAAAAAGGUAAUGCAUGUGGUCAGCCCCAAAGAAUCACAGCACAAGAAAAACGCCCCCAGUCGAGUUGUAACAAAUCCUGAAAAUAAGCACAAGAAUAAAGCGGCAGAAAUUCUUCUAAAAAAGAUCCAACUAAUAAUCAGACGUUAG